AUGCAAUUAAUUCUCUUUCAUUUACCUUCAAUAAUAGCUAGAUUACCUACAAAAAUAAAUAAUUUAUUAGAUUUUGGUUCUGGACCAACAAUUUAUGUGGCUAUUUGUUUCAGAGAAAAAGCUGAAAAUAUUUUUCUUUCUGAUUAUUUGCCGCAAAACAAAAAAGAAUUAAAUAAUUGGUUAAGUGGAAAUUCCAAUUUUGAUUGGACUAAAAUAUUUAGAUUAAUUGCUGUCUAUGAGGCUCUCCCUUUACCUACAGAUAUAGAGAAAAUGGAGAAAUCGACAAAGGAUAAAGUAAUUUUUAAUUUUGUGGAUUGA